AUGGCAAAGGAGUCCAAGCUUAUUUCAGGCUCCAAACCAAAGGGUGUUGUCAAUUUUUAUCCAUUUGAAGAGGGCUUGGACGAAGCCUCGCUGCGCGAGAUCCGCAAGUUCCACGUCGAGCCGUUUGGCGAGGUCAGCAAAACCUGCCGACGAAUUCCUUACAACAGCGGCAAGAAAGACUUCUUUCGCAAGACUGGUCGGGAAAGCUUCGAAGUGUUUCAAUAUGACUUCAGAGUGCCCGGAACCGACAAGCCUUACACGGUAAUGUGGGACUACAAUGUCGGGCUCGUUCGCAUGACUCCUUUCUUCAAGUGCUGCAAGUACUCAAAGACAACGCCGGCGAAGAUGCUCAACGUCAACCCGGGUCUCAGAGACAUUACGCAUAGCAUUACCGGGGGCUCUAUUGAAGCUCAAGGCUACUGGAUGCCGUUUGCUUGUGCCCAAGCC